UAACCAAAUGUCAGUGCAAAUUGAAAGUCUACCAUUAUAUUCGAUGACAGCUAAGAUUUUGAAAUUUUUUGCUUAUCUAAUCGAUGAUCAUUGGAGAUGCUAUAUUUUCCUUAUGAUAACGUUGGUUUUUAAUUUAUUGGAAAUAAUUUACGUUGCCACAUCGGAUAAUGAACUUGCCAAAUUGGUUAUUAAUUUAUUCCUCGUGGUUCUAUGGUUGUCGACAAAUAUGCGGGCGUACGUUUUAAUUCGCAAUCGAAAGAAAAUGAAUUCAUUUUUGACCGAGAUUCAUCAUAUGUAUACUCAUAUUAUGAAAUAUGGUGACUCAAAUACAAAAACUAUGCUUCAGGAAUGUACGAAAUCUGCAAGAAAUCUGGCGAAUUUUAAUCUUCUUUUAGGGUUUUUUACAUGCGUUGGAAUGUUUGAAAGCUCAGGAAUGGGAACAAGAAGAGAUCUCAUUUAUGACAUGUAUCUUCCAUUUUACAACGACAAAAAGUUGCAAUCUCCAUGUUUUGAAAUUCUCUUUGCUACACAAUUUGUUCUGAUACCGGUUGGAUGUUGCAUGUUUGUGCCAUUUCUAAGUCUUAUAAUUUCACUGGUGAUGUUCAAUAUAUUUCUGUGUAAAGUCCUACAAAUAGAAUUUAGAAGUCUAAAGGAAGGCAUAACAAUGGAGGUUGUGAAUAAUAAAAUAGCUAAAUGCGUAUAUUUCCAUAAUAAAAUCAUAAGCUACGUUGCCAGUGUCAACAGUUUAUCAACCUUUGUUUUUGCAGUGGAAUACGUAUUUUUUGGAGCAUUAAUGUGUGUUUUAUUGUUUUUACUGGUCAUUGUAAAAACAGUUUCCGAACAACUAAUAAUGUCCGCAUACAUAUCAAUGAUUUUCGUUCAACUUUCUGUCACAUAUUUCUUUGCAAAUAAUUUGUUCUUUGAGAGUCUCGCUGUAGCUGAUGCUGCUUAUGACACUAGCUGGUAUGAAUAUAAUGGAAAAACAAGGUUAAAACUGAUGCUUAUAAUACAGAGGGCACAAAAACCGAUUUGCCUUACUAUGGGAAACUUUCAUCCAAUGACACUAGAAGUUUUAACAACUUUACUCAAUUUUUCAUAUUCUUACUUUACGAUUUUGAGAAAUAUGAUGGAAUAAAACUGCUAA